GAUCCCGCUUCAAGCCCGCUUGUCAGUCGGGGCCAACAUGGCGGUGGACUUCACGGCCAUUUUCAAAAUCCUCGUCCUGGGAGACAGCAAUGUGGGCAAGACGUGCAUCGUUCACCGAUUCUGUGACGAGCGCUUCUACGACACCUACAUAUCCACGAUCGGUAUUGACUUUAAGCAGAAGAUAAUCAACCUGGACGGUGUGCCAGUCAAGCUUCAAAUAUGGGACACGGCGGGCCAGGAGCGGUUCCGCACCCUGACCACGGCCUACUACCGAGGAGCCAUGGUGAACAACCUGUACACAAGGCUGUUGGUGGAUAUGCUGGUGCAGAACAGCACAGUUACUAGUCUCGCUGUGGAACCUGCAUUUUAUCGUCUGGUUUGA